CAUCGCUUGAUCACUUGCGUCCAAACAGGGACAUCAACAUCUGCUGUCCUCGUCUCGUCGUGAUCCAUUCACCCUGCGUGCAUUUACUCUCGCGGCCCGUAGUACAUUGCUGAUCACCAUAUCGUCUUUUGAAGUAUAAGCCACCAUGGAACCCGGUUUCUCGGUCGACGAUAUUGCGCCGAUUGCUAUCCUCAUGGAUGAGCUACGAUCCGAGGAUGUUCAACUUCGACUGAACGCGAUCCACCGCAUCUCGACAAUCGCUCUCGCGCUGGGGCCGGAACGUGCUCGCGACGAACUCAUUCCGUUUCUACAAGACUCAGUGGACGACGAGGAUGAGGUGUUGCUAGCGCUUGCGGAGGAGUUGGGGAGUAAUUUUGAGGAGUACAUCGGAGGAAACGAAUACGCCCAUCUACUUUUGGGGCCACUGGAGAAUCUUUGCGCGGUGGAAGAGACGCUUGUCAGAGACAAGGCCGCGGAAUCCAUCACCAAAAUCUCCGCGGCGCUCAGUCAAGCCCAGAUCGAGAAAUACUACAUUCCUCUCCUGCAAAGACUAUCGCAUGGAGGAUGGUUCACCUCCCGCACGUCGUCAUGUGCACUAUACGCCCCGGUGUACGACAAAGUCGCGCCCCAGGUGCAGGAUGAGUUGCGUAGAGGAUUUGCCGCUUUGGGGACGGACGAUACGCCAAUGGUGCGACGGGCGGCGGCGAAGUGGCUGGGUCCCCUGGCGAAGAAGUUCUCGAAGCCUCACGUUCUUGCGGAUGGUCUCGCUAUCUAUCGUAGACUGCAAUCGGAUGAUCAGGACUCCGUCCGUCUAUUGACCGUGGAGGACCUCAUUGCAAUAGCUCAACAACUCACGCCGGCGGAAGUAAAGGAUCAGUUACUGAAGCAGAUCAGGCAGACCGUGUCUGACAAAAGCUGGCGAGUGCGGUAUAUGGCAGCCAGCCACUUCAACGAGCUUGCGGAAGCGGUUGGGCAAGAAUUGGUCCGGGAGGAGUUCAUCGGGCACUUUGUUCAAUUGCUCAAGGACAAUGAAGCUGAGGUCCGUAUUGCUGCCGCAGGCCAAGUUCCAGGCUUCGCCAAGCUUCUCGAGAAGGAAGUGAUCCUUGCACGUAUUAUUCCAUGCGUGCGAGAACUCUGUCAGGAUACUUCCCAACACGUCCGAGCUUCUCUUGCAAACCAAAUCAGUGGUCUCGCUCCGUUGCUCGGCAAGGACUCGACGAUUGAACACUUGCUUCCGUUGUUCCUCCAUUUGCUCAAGGAUGAGUUCCCGGAGGUUCGCUUAAAUAUCAUCAGCAAGCUUGAACAGGUCAACGCGGGUACGUGCGCAGAUCUUUUCGUAUCUGUAAGGGCUGACGUGGUCGAAGUGAUUGGUAUUGAUUUGUUGUCGGAGAGCUUGCUACCGGCCAUUGUUGAACUGGCCGAAGACAAAUCAUGGCGAGUGCGACAGGCCAUCAUCGAAUAUAUCCCUCUUCUUGCAACCCAGCUUGGCAAGGAAUUCUUCGACGAACAGCUGGGCAACCUUUGCAUGUCCUGGCUUGGCGACACCGUCUUCAGCAUUAGGGAGGCCGCUAUCGUCAACUUGAAGAAGCUCACAGAAGUCUUUGGCGUUGACUGGGCCAAGGUCCAGAUCGUGCCGAAGGUGGUCGGCAUGGGUCAGCACCCAAAUUACCUCUAUAGAAUGACUACUGUGCAGGCCAUCACAGUCAUUGCUCCGUCCCUCACUCUCGAUAUCGUUCGCGGAGAGAUACUCGACACCCUCCUGCAAUUGGCGAAUGACCCUAUACCCAACAUCCGCUUUAAUGUCGCUAAGGCUCUAGAAGUUCUUGCUGACACGUUCGGCAGCAGUCCAGAGGGAAAGCAAUUGACGCAACAGAAGAUUGUCCCGGUAUUAGACGUAUUGAAAAAUGACCAGGAUGCUGACGUGCGAUUCUUCGCAUCCCGUGCGCUGCAGAAAGCACAUGAGAUAGGAGCUUGAGGGUGUCCAUAUAUAGUCCUUACAAUCGCCAUUCGAAGCUCCUAUUCUACCACAUUCUCUUUGUUUUCUUACCGUUGUCAAUGGCCGAAGAACAAGAAUGUAAUGUACAAGCUUUGUCACGAUGUCUCUAUUCGUCAGGCUCCGGUUGACGUAUCAAAGGCGUGGUGGCUUAUUCGACAAUCAAGCAGUGACAGGCCUGGAGAGGUUUCAGAAUAACCGCGCCACUGGAAUCUGGUUUCUAGCCUAUGGUAGCCGAUAGAAGAGCUUUCAGAGAAGCUCAGCAAAACAGACCUCAUGGAUGCAUGACAAUGACUACUCCGCGCGACU